CUGUGGUUUUCCUGCUAGCUGGGGAAUACUUCGACUACUGGAUAAAUGCCUCAUAACUAUUGUGGAUGACAUAUUAGAGAUGCAUGAUUUGAUACAGGAAAUGGGUCAAAACAUUGCUCGGCGUAAAGGUAGAAGAUUGUGGAAUUCCAAAGACAUCUUUCAUAUGUUGUCAACUAAAAUGGGAAUGAAAAAAGUUGAAGGCAUUUUCUUGGACAUGUCUGAAUUAGGAAAGAUACACUUGGGUCAUGUAGCCUUUCCACAGAUGCAUAACUUAAGAUUGCUCAAAUGUUAUAGGCCUCAGAAUUGGUCAGAAAACAAAAUUAUAGGCUCUACAUCUGAAUCUAGUGAACCAAGUCAUCUUCUGCAUCUCUCCAAUAAGUUGAGUUUACUUCAUUGGGAUGAAUACCCUUACAAAUCUUUACCAUCUAAUUUUUUAAUGGAGAACCUUGUUGAAAUCAACAUGCAAGGCAGCAAAGUUGAACAACUUUGGAAUGGACGUAAGUGUCCUCAACAAUUAAAACGGCUCAAUCUUUCUGAAUCCGUGCACCUGAGGAGGCUCCCAAAUCUCUCUUCAGCAACUGAGUUGGAGUGGAUAAGUCUGCAGGGAUGUGAGAGUUUGCUAGAGAUUCCUAUGUCGAUUCAAUGCCUGCAAAAACUUGUUUGUCUUGAUCUACAAGGGUGCAAGAAGCUGAGGAGUCUUCCAAACCUUGUCCGGUUGAAAUCUCUUAAAGAGCUUUCACCCUCUUAUUGCUCAAAUUUGAAGAUGCUUCCUGAGAUUCCAAUUGGCAUAGAAGAGUUGGAACUGGAGGAUUGUGGAUUGGAAGGGCUGCCUCAUCUGUUCCAUUUCUGGAAGAUAUUUAUAUUUUAAAGUUGAGGAAUUGCG